AUGGAAGAAAUAUCGUUGGUCAGUAGUACAGGUGAUAGUCGUACUGUGAAUAGAGAUGUUGCUAUGCAAUCUCCUACAUUGAAAAGAAUGUUGGAAUCAUCGUUUAUUGAAUCGCAAGGCACUAUAAAGCUUGAAGAGUUCGACACUAGAAUACUAGAUAAGGUUAUUGAAUACAUGGAAUACUCGUAUAAGUACAAGGAUGCUGAUGACGACGUUGAAGUUCCUGAGUUCAACGUUUCUCCUGAUAUUUCGUUAGAUUUAUUAUUAGCUGCUGAUUAUUUGGGUAUAUGA